AUGGCCCGGAAGGUGGCGAUCGUGGGAGCCGCGAUCAGCGGCCUGGUGCCCGACAGGUGCCGUCUGCAGGAGGGGCUGGAGCCCACCUGCUUCGCGAGGUCCGACUACCCCGGGGGACUGUGGAGACUCGCCGAAUAUGUCGAAGAAGGCAGACCCGGCCUUUACAAGUCUGUGGUUUCCAACAGCUGCAAGGAGAUGACUUGCUACUCAGAAUUUCCAUUCCCAGAAGAUUAUCCAAACUACAUGCCAAAUUCUCUAUUCCUGGAAUACCUCAGAAUGUAUGCAAACCGGUUCGACCUUCUGAAAUGCAUUCAAUUCAAGACUAAAGUCUGCAGUGUAACAAAACACCCAGAUUUUACCGUCACCGGCCAAUGGGAGGUUGUCACCCUGUGUGAAAGGAAGCAAGAGUCUGCCACCUUUGAUGCUGUCAUGGUCUGCACUGGUUUUCUGACUGACCCACAUCUGCCACUGGACUCCUUUCCAGGUAUAAAAACCUUUAAAGGGCAGUACUUUCACAGCCAACAGUAUAAACAUCCAGAUACACUUAAGGACAAGAGGGUUCUCGUGAUCGGACUGGGAAAUUCUGGCACAGACAUUGCUGUGGAGGCCAGCCAUGUGGCAAAGCAGGUGUUCCUGAGCACCACUAGAGGGUCGUGGGUGAAGAGCCGCUUAUCUGACUCAGGUUUCCCGUGGGACAUGGUGUUCAUGACUCGAUUCUGAAACAUGUGCAGAAAUGCUCUCCCAACUCCCAUUUUGGCUUGGUGGAUGGCAAGAAAUAUGAUCAGCUUGUUCAAUCACGCAAAUUAUGGCUUAGUACCAGAAGACAGGACACAACUGAAAGAAUUUGUGCUAAAUGACAUUCUCCCAGGCUGUAUCAUCGCCGGGAAAGUGUUCAUCAAGCCAAGUGUGAAGGAGGUGAAGGAAAACUCUGUCCUGUUUAACAGCGUCCCAAAGGAAGAGCCUAUUGACAUCAUCGUCUUCACCACUGGAUACACCUUUGCUUUCCCAUUCCUGGAUGAGACGGUGGUGAAAGUUGAAGACGGCCAGGCCUCCUUGUACAAGUACAUCUUCCCCGCCCGUCUGCAAAAGCCACCCCUGGCUGUGAUUGGCUUGAUCAAACUCUUGGCCUCCAUCAUAUCCACAUCGGAAGUGCAAGCUCGGUGGGCUGUUCUAGUCCUGAAAGGUAUAAAUAAGUUACCACCAUCAAGUGUCAUGAUAGCGGAAGUUAAUGCAAGAAAAGAAAAGAAGCCCAGUGGGUUUGGCUUGUGUUACUGCAAAGCUUUAGAAGUAGAUUAUAUCCCAUACAUAGAUGAACUUCUGACCUAUAUCAACACGAAACCCAACCUGUUCUCCAUAUUCCUGACGGAUCCGCGCCUGGCUUUCACCAUCUUCUUUGGCCCAUGCGCACCAUACCAGUUCCGGCUGACUGGCCCAGGGAAACGGGAAGGAGCCAGAAAUGCCAUCUUGACCCAGCGGGACCGAUCACUCAAGGCCACCAAAACUCGAAUUGUACAAGAAUCCUCAUCUCCCUUUGCAAGCUUACUUAAACUCUUUAGCUUUCUGGCUUUGCUUGGGGCCAUUUUCCUGAUUUUUCUGUAA